GAUAGCCAGCAUUAUUUUCCGAUUUUAAUUUCACUUUCUAUGGAUCUUAAUUUGAAGUGUGGGAAGUGCCAUAAAGCUGGACACUACACCAGGUCUUGUGACAAGAUCAGUCAUGUUGGAGGGAAUUCAAAGCUUCCAAAUGCAAGUGAAGCAAUAACAGAGAAGAGGACUUCUUCCACACAAUCAACCGUCCAACAAGACAGCGAAAGGAGUGAGGCCAGUGGUGUUGCAACAAAGACACCUCAAACAACUCCCAGCAAUUCAAACCUACUAGAUGCAAGUAAUGCAACGAGCAAUGAGAAGACUUCAGCAAUUCAAUCACCUCAUCCCCAGCAAGGAAGCAACAGGGACGAGGCAGAUCGCGUUGGUACCAGCAAACCUAGGAACAAUCAUCUUAUAAGAAAAACAACUGCCGUCGGAGGUAAUUCGAAGGUACUUGAAUCAAGAAAUACAACAAAAAAGGAGAAGACGACUUCUUUUAGAUUGACUGUCCAACAAGGUAAUACAAGAAAGGAGGCAAAUGGUGUCGCUACCAGCCCAUCUUGUAACAAUGGUCCUAAACCCAAAAUUCCCAGCAAUUCAAAGCUACUAAAUGCAACUGAUGCUAUGAAAAAGGAGAAGAUUUCUACAACCAAAUCAAUUGUCAAAGAAGGUAGAAAGAGAAAUGAGUCAAACGGGGUUGGUACUAGCACACCUCGUAGCAAAGGUCCUGGAAAAACAACUAAAAGCAAGUCGGAGCUACCAAAUGCGAGUAACGUAGCAAGGAAAGUGAAAGCUUCUGUCCAACAAGUUAAAAAAAGGAACGUGCCAGCCGAUAGUAGUAUCCUGCCUAAAAUAAACCAAAAGAAGAAUGUAUAUAACCAUG